UACAUUUAAUAACAACCCUUUCACUCUUCAUUCAAUCUCAACACUCUCUUUGUGCUAUAUAUAUUCACACACUUUCAUUCUCGCAUUCAAAUUCUAUACCAAAUCUAAAUCAUCUUCCUUAUCCAUUACCUUCAAUUUCUUCAUUCAUGGCUAAAGAAAAUUCUACAAACAUUGAUCUCACUCUUGGAGAGCCGAAAGAAGAACCGGAAAUAGAAGAUGUAUCGGCGAUAAAAGUUAUGCCGAUGACCAUGCACGUGCCACCGGGGAUACCUAUGUCCAUGCAAGUGAACAAAGCCUUGGUUCAAGCCCAAGCCCAAGCUCAAGCUCAAACCCAGGCCCAAGCUCAAGCUCAAGCCCAACAAACAAUUCAAAAGAGAUCAUCUACAAAAGACCGUCACACAAAAGUCGAGGGUCGAGGCCGAAGGAUCCGAAUGCCUGCCACAUGUGCAGCUCGGAUCUUUCAGCUGACCCGAGAACUCGGACAUAAGUCCGAUGGCGAAACAAUACGCUGGCUCCUCGAACACGCGGAGCCAGCUAUCAUUGCCGCCACCGGUACCGGCACAGUCCCAGCCAUCGCCAUGUCAGUCAACGGAACACUAAAAAUCCCCACCACUUCCCCAACCAAAAACCCUAACCAAGAACCAAACCAACAAUCCGAUGAAUCACCUGAGAAAAAGAAACGUAAACGACCAUCAAACAGUGCUUACGUAGAUAUAAACGACACCACUGUUUCUGUUUCAUCCGGUUUAAUAACAACCUCAAACAUAAACACAAACACAAACCUAAACCUAAUUCCUCAACAACCCACAAUUCAGUUACCACAAAACAUGGUUCCUGUUUGGGCUAUACCAUCAAACGCUGUUGUACCAAACGGAAACACUUUUUUCGUUGUUCCAACAAAUCAACCACAGUUUUUUACAUUGGCUAGACCAAUAACCGGUUUUGUUUCUUCCAUGGUUACACCAGUUAUUCAAGUUCAACAAGCUUCAUGUUCUUUAUCUCCUUCAACAAAGUCUCCAGCUAGAGCCACCGUGAUGGCUCCAAGCACGGCGGCAACAACCACUACUCAGAUGUUAAGGGAUUUUUCAUUGGAGAUUUAUGAUAGACAAGAGCUUCAGUUAUUAUCAAGGUCUUCUUCGAAGCAUUGAUAGAACCAUAGAACCAGAGAACGUUGAAUUUGGUUAACGAUGUUGUUUGAAAAGAGAAGAGCACGUGGGCACGUGAGUGGGGAAGGGGAAAUGGUGGGGUCCAUGUAUGUGUGGGUCAACUAGAAAAGUGGGGGGAAUGUGGGGCCCAGUAUUGGUGGUGCUGGCUUCUUGAACCGUGCAAUGGGGGGUACUAGUAGUACUGUUAUUAUUCUACUCUACAGCUGCCAAAAUUUAAUUUUUGGAUGUGUAAUAAGAAUAUUAUCAAUUAAAAUUAGAAUAAAAAUAACCGUUAUUCAUGGUUUUAUAAAGGUUUUAUUCUUGAUUUUAAGUUAGUAUCCCUUGAAGUUAUGUAAUUAGUGUACUACUUAAAAUCAGUUACAAAAAUGUUCUUUAAGAAUGUAUUAAUACUAUGUAAUUUUUUUGGUGUAAA